AUGUUCAUUGUGUUGACUUGUUUGAUUGCGGGAGUCCAGGCGCAUCCUGGACACUCCCACGGCUCGGAAAUGGCUUUGCAUUCAGAUGUAAAUGGAUUUUUGGAAAAGUACAUUUUUCCAUUUAGCGCUCGCUACAAUGCAUUAUUAGCCACUCUGUACAUCUCUGCCGCACCAUGCAUUAUUGUCACUGUGAUUCCUGCUUUUAGGAAAGCUAAGAAAAACCGGCUUCUGUCACUUCUGAUGACUUUUGCUUUCGGCACCCUAAUAGGCGAUCUGUUUCUGCACUUGUUCCCCAGUAUCUUCACAAGUAGCGCUUCUCAAUCUCCUUAUUUGGAUUUGCAACAGCUAAGUCGUUUAACAGAUCGAUUCGAGGCCGACUGGCCCCAACUUGCGAACAAACUCGAUGGCGAAAAUCCUAUCGUCAAAGUCAGAAAAGCUCUCUCAAUGGCUGUCGCUAGCAUCGGGCCUCUAGAAGACCAAAAAAGUCACACGGAUCCGAUUGCUGUGCGAACCAUUAUUGUAGGGUUUCUUGUUUUCUGCGGGUUUCUUCUUUUCAUGGGUAUCGAUAAAUGCUUCAAAAUAGCUGGGUUUGGCACGAACCAUGGUCCUAAUGACGACCACGGGUUUGGACACUCUCAUUCGCAUGUUUUGCCUAAUCUAGAGGUUCUAGAGGAGGACACUUCAGCGGCGACGGGUUCUUCGUACCAGCGCACGGAAGAACACGAAGCAACUCACAGACACGCUAGUGACGCCGCUCAAAAAGCUGAUGAAAAGACUGUUUUAGCUACUGUUGAAAAGACUACUCAUAGUCCUACCAACACAUCUUUGCAAACCUCCGCUUACCUCACGGUAGCUUCUGCGUUUGCUCACAACAUAACGGACGGUUUUGCGCUCGCCUCAUCCUUUUACAAGUCCCGUACUACAGGAGUGGUCACCACCGUUGCUGUUCUGACUCACGAGAUACCACAUGAGCUUGGAGAUUUUGCUAUUUUACUGGGAUCAGGCAUUCCAUUUAGCAAGGCUCUCGGGUUGCACGCCGUAGGCGUUAUUGGAGCUCUACUCGGCACAUUUUUUGGAUGCUUAGCCAACGAAAUGGCUGUUGUUGCGAAUUCAAAAAUCCCGGCAUUUGAACGCGCUGCAUGGGAUAUUUCUCUAUCCGAUAUAAUGCUUCCGCUGACCGCUGGGGGGUUGCUAUUCAUUUCUACAGUUGGAUUAGUUCCCGAGCUUCUCAGAAACAGUGCAACAAGCAAAAGAGACGAGGUUAAGAACAGUUUAUUGCAAUUGGCAAGUAUUCUUGCCGGUUUCGCGCUCAUGGCAUGGAUGAAAUUCAUAGAGUAG